AUCCAUUCUUCACCAUUCCUCGGCUGUCAUGAUCAACUUUAUAUAUAUUUCUUUAUUAUUCUUAUUAAGAAUUUUCUUUAUUAACCAACCAACGGAUGUCAUGACCACAUGAUGAAUAGUGUACCUAAUAGAGAAGGUUUGUAUGAAGACAGAAGGGGAUGUAUGGAUGGUCUAAGGUACGCUCGGCACACGCACCAUCGCAUGCGGCAGAUGCGCCGCACUCGGCAAGUGACAGUCGCGCAUCUCUCCACCGAACCGGAAAGUCUCCAUUGUUCUUGUCUUGUUCCUUUCCAAUGUUAUAAUAGGCUGGAUGGAGAAUGUCAACAUGGGUGGAUAGAUCAGGCUGGAUGUUCUAUGAACAACCUAGACUCGAGGAUUGAAGGUGGAAAAACCAAUACGGUAAAAUACAGGAGGAUGAUCCAGACACAGGGUCAGGGACGAUCACCAGCCAGACCCAGGAAGAAGCGCGUCGUGUCCGAAGUCGACCGUCGCGCCUCUGACGGGAGCUACGGGCUUUCGUUGGAUAGGGAUGGAUCGUUAGCGUGGAGGUUAGUUCGUUGGGAUUGUGUUCAGCUGUGGAAAUGAACUAGUCAUAUCAACAUCAUGAUGA